AUGUAUCAUGGCCCCUUCACCCAAUUCCAAAAACGGCAGCGGAGCCAGCCUGUCGUGGAGGAUGCCGAUUUGCAGGCGUUGAUCAAGGCUGAUACGAUCCCCGAAACCGACGCCCGAGUCUCUAAGAAACAACGGGUUGAGGGACGUCGCUCGCUCUUUGUGAGGUCUCUACCACCAAGCGCCACCAACGAAUCUCUGACCGAAUUCUUUUCUCAACACUUUCCCGUGAAACACUCUACUGUCGUCAUUGAUCAGAAGACGAAAGAGUCCAGAGGCUACGGUUUCGUCACUUUUGCGGACCCAGACGAUGCUAAAGAGGCAAAGGAAAAGUUAGACAAGGUCGAAUGGGAUGGAAGAAGGUUACGACUUGAGGUUGCCGAGCCCAGAAACCGCGAAAAGGGCCCUGGUGGGCAGCCAGUCGUGGAUACGGAAAAAGCCAAGCGACAAGCUCUGCUCGAGGAGAUUCGACGCCCGGCUAAACUCAUCAUCAGAAACUUGCCGUGGUCUGUCAAGAAGCCAGAGCAACUGUCCCGCAUCUUCAUGAGUUUCGGCAAGAUCAAGUUCACGGAUCUUCCCAACACAGAUGGAAAGCUCAAAGGAUUUGGUUUUAUUACCUUCCGAAGAAGAGAACAUGCUGAGAAGGCAAGGGAAAAGAUCAAUGGAAAGGAAGUCGACGGAAGAAAACUGGAGGUUGACUGGGCCAUCGACAAACGGGUUUAUGACCAACAAGGCGAGGCUGAGCAGUCCAACGUGAACAACGAGAAAAAGAAGGGCGAGAGGAAACCGGAGGCAGCUAAGGAAAAUCGGAGCGGUAACCCUUCUGAAAGGGAGAAGACGCCGACUGCAGAUGACGAUCUCAGAAAUUUCUUGAUCAACCAUGUUCACGAUCUAGAAUCCGAGUCUGAUCUAGAUGACCUUGAUGAAGACGAACUCGACAUUGACUCAGACCCCGAGGUUGAUGAUGAUGAGGACGAGGACAUGGAAGGUGCCCAAAAUCAAGGUGGCAAAGACAAUGGAGAUACAGCGGAAAAGCCUACUUCGGCGGCUACCGUCAACAAAAAGUCACUCAUCACAGACAACUCCUCAACGGUGUUUGUGCGAAACCUACCCUAUACAGCCACUGAUGAACAGCUCAAAGAAUUCUUCUCCUCAUUUGGCUUAAUUCGCUACGCCCGUGUGGUAAUGGAGAAGUCAACUGGACGAGCAGCCGGUACCGGCUUCGUGUGCUUCUUCAAACAAGACGAUUGCAAGGCGCUGCUCCAAGUUGCACAGGCCGUCAACAAAGACGAAGUAGCCAAAUUUACCGAGGGCCAGGAUAAAGCAAACAAGGACAAGCGUCGUCUCUUCCUGUUAUCUGAGGGCCAGCUCGACACAAGAUCGCCGCUUUACAACCUUCUGACCCCUGCUGAGGUCUCUAUGCGGGACUCAAGUUUGGCACAACGCAAAAAGCUCGUUCAGGGAAAUCCCACGCUUCACUUGAGCCUUACGCGCCUGGCUGUUCGAAACAUACCCCGAGACAUUGGCGCCAAGGAGCUCAAGGAACUUGCUAGGAAGGCUAUCGUCGGUUUUGCCGUCGACGUCAAGGAAGGCCGCAGGCAGCCCUUGUCCAAAGAAGAAAUUGCACGCGGAGGUGAGGAAGAGAGGGAGGCCGAGCACCAGAGGAAACUCAAGAAUAAGGGUGUCGUCAAGCAAGCGAAGCUCAUCUUUGAGACUAAAGACGGCUCCAAAGCGCCUGCCCAAGAAGGUGGCCGAAGCCGCGGCUACGGUUUCAUCGAGUAUUGGUCGCACCGUUGUGCUCUUAUGGCCCUACGUUAUCUUAACGGCCACCAGGUAGAGGACGAGAAGGGAAGGAAACAGCGCCUAAUUGUUGAAUUUUCUAUCGAGAACGCCCAGGUCGUUAAUCGACGAAAGGCAAUGGAGGCCAAGAGUCGGGACAGGCCCGAACCGCGCGAGCAGCCCGCACCUGGAAGGUUCAACGAUUCCGCUGGACGCGGGCGAGACAAUGGCAGGGACAAGGACAAAGGCAGGAAUAACUUCCGCGGGGCUGAUAAGCGGAGGGGAAGCAGGACGUGA